AAGACCUAUUUGAGUGAUUACACUUUUUUGGAUAAUCUUAACCAUACAUCAUCCAGUAACUUUAAUUAUAGCAAUCAACAACCUGAAUAUGAGCUUAGUAAUAAUAAUAGCUUAAACUAUAAUAGUCAACAAAUCGAACUUAAUAGUGCUCAGUCUGAUGAUGACCAACGCUCUUACUAUAGAAAUAAUAAUUACCAAGACUAUAGAAAUCAACACACAAUUAAUAGCAGUUUGGAUAAUAUCAAAAAUCAGGAGUUUGAAGAGCUUGAUCGGGAAUUCGAAGAUGGCUUAGAGAGUAAUGAUAAUAUAGAACUUAAUCGAGAAUUUGAAGAUAACUUGAAGAAUAUUGAAAGUGAACUUAACAAUAAUAUAAGUUGUUAUAGUUCUGAUGAUAAGUACAAACCAAUAGAUAACACUUCAAAGAAAUUUGACAGAAUGAAAUCUGACAUAAAUUGGCAUCGUGAUUGCCCAUUUGGCUCUUUUGAAAAUUUCACCAAUAUGGCUAUUUUCAUAUGGGCUACUAACAGAUUUGCUUCAGAGAAUGAUAUUGUGGGUGUAUUAUGUCAUAAUGCUAAUCUUGGAUAUUGUAGUUGUAAAGCUUCUAAAAAUGAAUUAACAAAUAUUUCAUUUGAUAUUUAUUCUAAUAGCCAGUAUCACCAAAUAACUAAUCAAGAAUUUGAAAUUAUAAAUACACAACAAACAAAAUCAGCAUGA